AUCAAGAGGCGAGACCAGGCGUUCUAAACCCGGUCUAGGGUUUUAGCGGUCGAUAGGCCGCGAAGGGGGCCUCGCUCUGCGCUGAGACCUCCUCCAAGGCCAAUAACCCACCCGGCAAUUGGAGGCGGAGCUAAGGAAAUCGGAAGAUAUGAGCGGUGUGGGAGCGCCGGAUUUCUUCUACAGAGAGGCUCAGCGCCUCGGCUACGUCGCCCGUUCCGCAUUCAAGCUUCUCCAGAUGCAGAAGCAGCACAAACUGAUUACUCCGGGGGCUUUCGUCCUCGAUCUUGGAUGUGCUCCUGGUGCUUGGCUUCAGGUGGCUUGCCAGAGCUUGGGUCCACUGGAGAAAGGUGGGGUGGUGGUGGGUAUUGAUCUGAAGAAGGUAAAGGUUCCUUCUUCUCACUGUGACUCGAGGGUGAGAACAGUUUGUGCUGAUGUGAUGAAUCUUUUGAAGAAUCAAGUUAGGGCAAUGUCUCCUCAGGAAAGAGGAUUUUCUGUAAUACUGUCAGAUAUGUGUCCUGCAGUUUCUGGAAUCACAACAAAAGAUACAGCUAUAUCAUGUGAGCUGGGGAUGCGAGCACUCUCAUUGGCUGUUGGCAGGGUACGUCAACCUAGUUCAGCUAUUAAUGCAGAUCUAGAGGAUUAUCUGAGCAGUUCUGAACCUGAUGCAAAUGAGGAUGGUGUUCUUCGACGUGGGGGCAACCUUGUGAUUAAGCUUCUCGAGAGUGAAGAUAUACAAGGAUUUGGCAAAUUCUGCAAACUUCGUUUCAAGAAAGUAUCAUGGUUAAGGCCCAAGGCAACCAGAUCUUCUUCCAGAGAAAUUUAUUUGAUAUGCCAAGGUUUGCGAUAGUGCCAUUCAGACAGGAUCAUGCUGGAAAAAUUGUGUUCUAUUUGUAAGAAGCUGGGUCGCUCAAUUUUGAUCUGAUGGCUAUGAUGCAGCUAUCCAAUACGCUGUUUCUGAAUGUGUUUGAUGUUGUAUGCUGGAAGCUGAUGCAGGGUGCUCAAACUCUUUGGAUGAAAUUUGAGAUCUCUAAAUAAGUUAAAAUAGAAUUAGCAAGAAUAGACCAAACAGAGUAAAUUCUUUGAUGUAAUCACUCUUUUGAGUUUGCUCAAGGCUGUAUUAGAUAGAUGUAACUAAUAUCUAUCCAGGAUAUCAGUUGCUGCUGCUGCCCUUUUAAACAAGAAACAAUGAUGAAAAAAAAGUUCUUUUGGCAACAUUAUCUGUUACUAAAUGAGAUGAGUUUAUUGGA